GCGACGCUGGUUUAGUAUCGGCCGUCACGCCGCUGCGCCACAACGCGAACCGAUCAUCCGUACCACCCUACCUGGCGCGUUCGUUCUCCGCCACCACUUUUUGACAGCCGCGCACGUCAUCGCGCCCAACUGAAACCCAAAGCCGGUGAACGUUCACGAUACGAGGGGUGCCGGUUAUAGCCGGUAUUAAAUUAGAAAUAUCAAGCCGAACGAAAAAACUUGGUAAAAGUUUUUUCUUACACCCUCACGAGUUCGACAAUGGUGAUGUGAGUUUCGUUGUCUGUCUUUGAAUCAGCGGGUAGUCGGGAUGCGAAGAUUCUUUUCCAAGUGCAGUGAUUAGAUUGCGGAGUAGGAGGAAAAAAGAGUAACGUAAACUUUGAUCGAAUGAGAUGUUCCGUUCCACGCCGAUCGGGGUAUUAGGGGUCGGAAUUAUUCGGGGGUAGGUUGAUGCAGGGAUAGAAAAAAAAGGUAUCCAACGUGGCCAUGAGAGUUGAGUGAAGAACGACGACCUUUUUGGGAAACUGUUGUUGGGCGAGGUGAAUCCAGAUAAACCGUCUGGCGAUAUGACGAUGGAUACGAGAACUGUCAGAUUGUUGCUGUUGUUAACGACAUGUGUUGCAGUUUCAGCUCUCUACUUCCCUCAGUCCGAUUUGUCUUUGAGAUUACCUUACCUGGCUCGCGGUGGUGGGAGUUUGUUGACAAACGUCACCUUGUUCAAAGUACGAGCCUUACGAAAUGAUUCCGUCGUACCCAAGGAUAUAAAAUACUGGAUAGCCUCGCCACCCGACAAAGCCUUCGGCUUGGAUCCGUCGUCCGGAAAUUUGACCUUUAUUUUGGCUUUCGGAAACGAAUCGUCGAAAGUUGUAAUCGUUCAAGCCAAAGCAAGGGGCAGGACCGAUGCCGGCUUGAAGGUCAAAGUUCAACCAGUUUUUGUAAAGGAGGAUAAUAUCGAUUGUACAACUUACGUGCAGGACAUUUGUUUUUGGAGCACCAGUAAGUAUCGAAUAUACGAGAACAAACCUGUGACGCAACUCGGUACCAUCGGGCCAACCGUGUUUCGCACGUUAUGCCCAGAUUUUCACGUCACUCGUUACGAACUUCUGAACGGCACGGAAUACUUUCAUCUGAAUAACAGCAGCCUUUUUUCUAACGCCCGUCUCGAUCGGGACACUCUACCGAAUUUAGCGCUAAACGGUACCGGGCCCGGACCCCACAUCGAUCUCAGGGUCAGAUGCGUCGUUUGGGAGGCUACGACGGGCGUCCAACACGCGUUGGAAGCAACUUUGGGUGUCGAUAUCCUCGACGAAGACGACAACCCGCCCGUACCACAAUUUCCAAAACUCAAGGAAAUACAGCUUCGAGAUUUCGUCGCGGGCGCCAGACUGGACGACAACGACCUUUUGGUAAAAGACGCGGAUACUUUGACCACCAACAAAUACAGAGUACGACUCUUGGGGGACGUCGACAACGCUCUGAAUAUCACGUAUGAGCCCCUCCUCGUCGAUCAUCCUUCGAUUCCAGCGUCCACGGUUAUUUAUACCAGAAUCUACGCUAAUAUGACCCUGUUACCGAGAUCUCCGUACAAAGUGAUUCUUCAAGUAACGGACGACAGUUUGCUCCACGGACAUGGCGAAAAAUCGGUGAACAUCACGUUGUCAUUUCAAGGACCGACUCGGCACGCGUCAUCGGCAACGACGACUAUCCCCUUGCAGCAGCCGAUCUCAUAUUUUCAGGAUAUUCGAGUCGCCCGCGGUGCCUCGCAAUAUUCUCGCGUUGUCGCACCCUCCGUAGUACCGAACUCCGCCCUGGCAUUUACCCUGCGGGGCUCGCGGGCCUUCAACAUCACCAGAAACGGAGGUAUCGUCUACGUCGCGAAUUCCACCGAGCUCAAAUCCGCCCCGGCGUCUGUAACAGUAAAAAUCGAAUGGCGUUAUCCGAGCGGUAGCGUGUCGACCACUUCGUUGACGGUUCGUUUGGUCAAUGGGUCUGCUUGUAAUCGAACAUCGGUCGGAUCGCACUCGUGUGCGAAUUCCGAAACGAAGGAAAUAUGCGAAACUAGCUGCGGCGUCGGUAGCGGUUCCUUGACGAACGGGACGUAUACUCCGGAAUGCGUUUGGAGAAGUAGCAAUGCAGUAACUUCGCUCAUGACUUCGAAGUACCAAACGUGUUCGCCAUCUUUAUCGCACUGUCCCGAUCACGAAUGCGACGCGCUCGAACAACUCGAUCAACGUAUCUGUCCCCAAGAUUGCACGCUGGAGUCCGAACUCCAUUUCGCGGAAGUGAACAAAGAAGGACGUGGAAUAUACGCCGGAUUGGGGAUGUGCACCUGCAACGACGUUUCGAUUUGCACGUGCGGCCUGAGAGAUGAUCAAAAAGGUAGCGCGUCGUCAAAAGGAGGAAACAGGAGGGAGAACAAAAAGGACGAUAGAACCUCGCCGAUUCUAAGCCCCGAAAAAAUGACCAGUUCCUGCGGACCGACCUGUCUUGUCGGUGUUAUCGGCGCCAGUAUGUUCGUUCUGGUUGUCGUCGCCGGGAUAUUUGUUACUUGGAGAUACAGAAUGGCGGUCAAAGGAUCACGCCGGGAGUGCAAACACGAUGCCGAUGGUGGUGCAGGCGGACUGGGCAUUCUGCCAUCCGAUUACGUAGACCGUGGCGACGGUCUUCUCAUCGGCCUUGACUCUUUUGCCACGGCAAAUCGAUCUUUACUAAUACCAAAAUCAUGUCCGCCGGACCCAAAGUGGGAAUUUUUGCGUAGCCAGCUGACCAUCGAACAGGUUCUUGGCGAGGGUGAAUUUGGCAGAGUUCUUCGCGCUCGAGCUGUCGACAUUGGGGGUUGGCCGGGACCGACUACAGUGGCUGUAAAAACUCUUAAAGAAGGAGCUUGCGCCUCUGAACUCGCCGAUCUUCUAUCCGAAUAUCAACUGCUUAAAGAAGCUCAACAUCCUAAUGUCAUUAGACUCCUGGGUGCUUGCACAUCACCCGGGGGACCGGUUUAUCUUAUCAUCGAAUUCGCGGAGUUUGGAUCCUUGAGAAAUUACUUGAGGAGAAGUCGACAUUUGGAAUCCGAAGGAAGAGCGCCGUGUUCUACGUCACUACUUUCCGCGUCUCCAGGUGUCAACCGAGAGGAUCAUUCCGCGAUCGACUCAUCUUGUAACUACGGUGUUACACCUCGUGAAAUAUUGUCAUUCGCGUGGCAAAUUAGUAAAGGAAUGGCGUACCUGGCCGAUAUAAAGCUCGUACACAGAGAUCUAGCAGCCCGUAACGUUCUUCUCGCGACGGGAAAAGUCUGUAAAAUUUCCGACUUUGGUCUCACCCGAGACGUAUACGAAGACGAUGCUUAUCUGAAACGAAGCAAGGGUCGAGUGCCUGUAAAGUGGAUGGCACCGGAGUCACUCGCUGAUCACGUUUACACAAGCAAAUCGGACGUUUGGAGCUUCGGUGUUCUCCUUUGGGAACUCGUGACUCUCGGAGCUUCGCCUUAUCCCGGUGUGGAUGUCCACAAUCUCUACAACCUUCUGAAGGCCGGUUAUCGGAUGGAAAAACCGGCGAAUUGUUCUCAUCAAUUAUACAAACUGAUGGUUUCUUGUUGGCACGAAGAAGCCGGUAUGCGACCUUCUUUCAAGGAACUAACUUGUCAUUGGGAACGAAUGCUGGAAGAUGGAGUAGAUUAUCUUGAUCUAAAUCCGAGAACGGUUCAUAAUAGAGCGUAUUUUACUUCAUUGCAUGCGCUGGACAGCCCUACGAGUUCGGGAACAGACGAUCUGGGCUACGGUAAUGUCAAUGCUAUGUGUACGGAUGUAAAUUAUCUGGCAAAAACACCAGCUGAAGAAAUGACAAAAUGUGACAAGGUGAACAAACUUCAGGCAUUGUGGCAACAUCCGAUAGCGUCGUUUCCAGAAGAACCUGUGAAACCUCCCUACGUUAACGAUGUUACUCAGCAGCAACCGAUUGAACAAAAUCAUUAUGAAAGUCCAAUUAAAUUCCGGAAUACAAGCGUCACCAGUAACACGGAUAACAACGUCAGAACACCACCUAAUGAACGGCCUCAAUCCUAUAUCGACAUGGACGGUAAGAGAGGUAAAGAAGGAUCGGAAGAUCUUCUGUUAUUUAAUAACGUUGAGAAAUCUAUCGAAAAAAUAGACAACAGUAUUUCAUUGAACGGGUUGAAUGGUCGUUAAAUCGAAAAUUUAUGAAUGUUGGUAAGAUAUUAUAAGCGAGAAAAGUGGGAAGACGUAAAAUCAAUGAUUGGAGCAUGGUCGUAUCCGGCUUUUUCGUUAAUAUGUGUAAAUAAAAUACAUGGAAAUAACUGAUACAGGAGAAGUUCGAGUGCGGUAUUUUAACUACGAAAUCCUGUAUACUCGGGAGAGAAGUGAUUAGGACCAAAGAUAAAUAAUAUUCGGGGCAUGAAAGAGUUCCGGUGACCCCCUAGUCACCUUGAAAAGAUCAAUAUACAUGUUAUAUAUAUAAAUGGUUAUUUUAAGCAGUCAACGAAUCAUAAAUUAUACGGAAAAUUUAUAUUUAUACAUAAUAUACGUAAAUCUUUAACCAAAAAAAAAAACAAAAAACAAAUGGUAUAAACUACCAAAUACUUUUAUAGUUCAGGCUAUCAUAUUCUCAAAUAGGUUACAGAAUAUUGUUGUUAUGUACUUAAUAUUGGAACGAAAUUAUUUCUAAAAAGGAGUGACUGAACGGCUAGUUUUAUUUGAGUUUGUUGAGAUCAUUUUGUUUGUCAUUCAAUAUAGUAUUUAGUUUUAGUGAACGAAUGUAAUCAUCUACAUUGUAAAAUAGCCAAAGAUAAUCGUAGAAUAUUUUUUAUUGGUACAAAAUUAAUUUUUAAGUGUUUUUUUUUUUGUAUAAUAAUGAUGGUUUCGACGUUUAACGACAGGGAUCAUACUAUCACGCGACACUGUUAGAAUGAAAGAAAUGAAAAUGAAAUUGAUCGUUCAAAUUUCUUACAAUAUAAUCUCACUUGAUUCACUUACGUCAAUUUUUUGAUUAUCAAACAAAUCAUGCUUCCGAUUUUAAUGUAAGAUUUAAUGAAAAAAAAAUGAUUAUCACAUUGUUCUGAUCUAUUUUAUCAUUACCGAUUUUGAUGAUGAAAAAUAUAUGAUGUAAAAAUUGAUUUCCCUAUAACAUCGCGAUAAUAUCUACUGUUUGUAUUUAUGUAAAAAAAAAUAACGAAGAAAAGAAACGAGGAAAAAGAAUCAAACAUUCCAGUAAUCUAUAUAAUUACUUUGAUCGAUAUGACUUUAUACAUUUAAAAACCAAACUAGUUUUAACAUCAUCUAUUUACGAUAUAUAACAAUAAAAGUUCUUAUGAAAAGCAAGAUGAAUCUGUGGCACUGUAGUAAGUAAGUUGCAAUUAUUCUUGGCUUGUAAUUACUAUGUAAUAAAAUAUAAUUACACACUUAUGUCGAAUGUAAAAA